UGUGAAUCUGGUGGAAGCAAAAGAUACAGAUUAGAAAAUAAUCAAUAACAAGUAAAAUACAUCUAAAAUAAAAUCUCAUUGUUUCAACACACUGUGUUUUUGUACAGUGUGUGUGCAAAUAUCUGGUUUCAACGGUGGAGCGAGACAAAGUGAAUAACGUAUGGCGUUCCUGAUUACUUUUUACACUCAUCCUAUUACCAUGUUGUCUUGGUGCAUUAUUGAAAAUGAUUAUUUCAGUAGGUUCUUUCUGAAAUUAUGGCCAUUGCUUUUAUAGCCAAAGGAAACAUUAUCAUCAUUAGAUUGAGGAAAUAACUCGACCUUUCUGUUGGAGCCAAUUAUGUAUCUCAUGUCUUUAUCCUGUAUUCAAAGCGAGGAGGGAAAAUAGAGAGAUUCAUCAAAAAAAAUCUAUAAAAGCUAGGAAGGCAGGGUAUUUCACUAAGCCUAAUAAUCCCAUUAUGAUCCCAAAGAGAGAAAAAAAGCUCUCAGUCAAAGCACGGCGCAUUGACGCAAGCAUUUCUUGACGUCAGCAGCUGCAGUGAAUGAGGGAUGGGAGGAGGGUAGAGUUAGGGGGGGGAGGAGGACAGAAAGGCGUGUUUACCUUCCCUUCAGAAAAUACCAGCGUCAAAUGCAUGAAUGCAACUGCAAGAAAGCAACGAAAAACAUUCACCUUGACGUCCAGACGUGCACAUUUUAGGGAAACAGUGUAGGUGCUGCAGCUUCGGAAAUCUAAACCAGCUGUAGUAAAUGGAAAAACGAUCCUCUGACCGGGGGAUGCUCAUAAAUAAAUCAGCAGCAGAGAGAAUGAAAGAGAGGCUUCAGGCACCCAUCUGUGUCCCCCUGACAGCAAAUGUAACGUGUCAAAGAAAUAAUCUGAGGAGCUAUGUAGAGUUUUACUCUGAAAAGGGGAAUGUUUCUUCAAAACAGACUAGAGAGAUGAGUGGAGCGAAAGGGAAGGAAAACUGACAAUUUGUAAGAGCCAUAUACUGGUGGCGUCACUGGCUCUUUUCUGGAGUCUUGCUGCAUUUAUUCAAAGCUUAUUCUCAAGUUGCAAUGUGGCUCAAGUGAAAACAAACCUGACUUGCGCUCACAACACAAUGCUGCCUGUUUGUUCCCUUUUAUGUUGCUCUGACACUCGGAUCAGGCUGGUUCCGGGAGUCACAGACGAACCGGCUCUUUCCCCACUUUCACAGACGUUGCGUAUUUACCUGCUGCUCGCCUGGGAAGAGGUGGAAAAACUCCUCACAUGGUUUGGUGUACGCUAAGAAGGAAGACUGCAACCAGAUAAUCUACGUUUACACUGGCCUCUUUUCUUACUGAAAAAUGCCCAAGAGUUCCCGUGCGUCAUUCCUGAUUAGACUUGGAGUCUGACGUCGCCAGCGCAGCAUUCAAGAAGAAAAUACCUCACAGAAAUGUUAAAGUCCAACAUCUUUUUUUAAUCACAUCCGGAGUGACGGAAGUCUUUUUUUUUCCUUUUCUCUCUCUCUCUCCCUCUUUUUUUAAUAGACACGGAUCAACAAGUUGCCGUCAGUGCGUAAUUUCCAUCUGACCAGAGUCCAAGCAUAAUCCGAGAGCGACACACGUGAUCCACAAAAUCUCUUCGGUUGCAAUUUUUCCCCAUCUCAUCUGACUAGAAGAAGACGAAAGGGGGGCGGGGGGGGAAUAAGCCGUGGACAAUCCUGUGAAAUCAUCUUGUCCGAUUAUUAGUGAAUAGCUGCAAGAGCUGAUCGGCUCCAUGCCUUACCGCGUCUCCAGAUGCCCGCUUGGCCGGUGCUCGGCAACUUUGCGCGCCGAAAGAGGCUCACAGCAGAGACGGGAUCUGAAUGAAUGCGGCUGAAAUCUCCUCUCAUCUCUUAUCACGCUUCCUCAAGACUGUUGAAUGUGUUUUAUAUCCCGCCGGUUGAACGUCUCUCGCGCUAUCAGUAGCUGUACGGGUAGAUAAACACAAGACUCGGCGGCGCAUCGGUCCAUCACUGGAACAGGCAAGCGGCAGAUGUCGAAGAAACGGAAAAGUCCUGAUGACCAGGGCAUCCAGGAAUCCCCCCCGGCACGGAGCAGCGAGCAGCAAGAACACGAUGGAAGCGAGAAGGCCAGUACAAGUGAGAGGAAAGAAAGUCAGGAAGCAGGCUUGACAGAUGAGAAAGUGAAGGCCUACCUCUCGCUGCACCCGCAGAUGCUGGACGAAUUUGUGUUGGAGAGCGUGAGUGCUGAGACGUUGGACAGAUGGCUGAAGAGGAAGACCAGCAGCAGGCCUGCAGAUGACACAUCGACUAAAGAAGUCAGCAGGCAGUACCAGGACACAAACAUGCAGGGUGUGGUGUAUGAACUGAACAGCUUCAUGGAGCAGCGGCUGGACACUGGAGGAGACAACAAACUCCUGCUCUAUGAGUUGUCCAACAUAAUCAAAACAGCAACAAAAGCUGAUAGUUUUGCACUUUAUUUCUUGGGAGAAUGCAACAAUAGUUUAUGUUUAUACACUCCAAGGGGGGCCAAGGAUGGCCGUCCAAGCCUCGUCCCGUCUGGCCCCAUCUCAUACGGGACAACCAUUGCCGCUUACGUUGCCAAGACUCGCAAAACACUGCUAGUGGAGGACAUCAUUGGGGACGAGCGAUUUCCAGACGGCACAGGGCAGGACUCAGGGAUCCAUGUUCACUCUGUCCUGUGUCUCCCCGUCCUCACUGCCAUUGGGGACCUCAUCGCCAUCCUGGAGCUGCAUCGGCACUGGGGCAGGGAGCCUUUCAACCUAAGACACCAAGAGGUUGCAACAGCAAAUUUAGCUUGGGCAUCUGUUGCCAUUCAUCAAGUACAGAUGUGCAGAGGCCUUGCCAAACAGACUGAGCUUAAUGACUUCCUACUAGAUGUGUCAAAAACAUACUUUGAUAACAUUGUGGCAAUAGAUUCUCUACUUGAACAUAUUAUGAUAUAUGCAAAAAACCUGGUGAAUGCAGACAGAUGUGCGCUCUUCCAGGUAGAUCACAGCAACAAAGAACUGUACUCUGACCUGUUCGACAUCGGGGAGGAGAAGGAAGGCAAACCUGUGUUUAGGAAAACAAAAGAAAUAAGGUUUUCCAUAGACAAAGGAAUAGCUGGCCAAGUAGCUCGGACAGGGGAAGUCUUAAAUAUCCCAGAUGCCUAUGCAGACCCACGGUUCAACCGAGAGGUAGACCUCAAAACUGGCUACACCACGCGGAACAUCCUGUGCAUGCCCAUUGUGAGCAGGGGGACCGUUAUCGGCGUGGUGCAGAUGGUGAACAAGCUAAGCGGAAGUGCCUUCACUAAAACCGAUGAGAACAACUUUAAGAUGUUUGCUGUCUUUUGUGCUCUGGCCUUACACUGUGCAAAUAUGUACCACAGGAUCCGACACUCUGAAUGCAUCUACAGAGUGACGAUGGAAAAGCUGUCCUAUCACAGCAUCUGCACGUCAGAGGAGUGGAAGACCCUCAGCCAGCUCAACCUUCCUGAACCCAUUUACAAAGAAAUUGAAACGUUCCAGUUUGACAUCAGUCCCUAUGAGGAGAUCUGGCCGGCCGUCUUCAUCUACAUGGUUCAUAGCUCCUGUGGAAAGUCCAGCUUUGAGCUGGAGAAGCUCUGCAGAUUCACCAUGUCAGUACGGAAAAACUACCGCCGUGUGCCCUACCACAACUGGAAGCACGCGGUCACAGUGGCGCACUGCAUGUUCGCAAUCCUGCAGAAAACCACCGGGAUCUUCACAGAGCUAGAGAAGAAGGGUUUGUUGAUAGCCUGUCUGUGUCACGACCUGGACCAUCGAGGUUACAGCAACACAUACCUGCAGAAGUUUGACCAUCCACUGGCUGCUCUGUACUCCACCUCCACCAUGGAGCAGCACCACUUCUCCCAGACUGUCUCCAUCCUGCAGCUGGAAGGGCACAAUAUUUUCUCCAACAUGAAUUCCAGCGAGUACGAGCAGGUGCUGGAGAUCAUCCGGAAGGCCAUCAUCGCCACCGACCUCGCCCUCUACUUCAACAACCACCAGCAGCUGACGGAGCUCCUGACCACCGGCGGCUUGGACCUGAACAACCAUUCGCACAGGGACCGUGUGAUUGGUCUGAUGAUGACAGCAUGUGACCUGUGUUCUGUUACCAAGCGGUGGCAAGUCACACGACUCACAGCUAACGACAUCUAUGCUGAGUUCUGGGCUGAGGGAGAUGAAAUGAAGAAGAUCGGAAUUCAGCCGAUCCCUAUGAUGGACAGAGACAAGAAGGACGAGGUUCCCCAGGGCCAAGUGGGAUUCUACAACAGUGUGGCAAUUCCAUGCUACACGACACUUUCAGAGCUUUUCCCUCCAUCUGGUCCACUCCUAAAUGCCUGCAAGGAGAACCUGAAUCAUUGGGAGCAGAUAGUUCGGGGGGAGGUGGAGGACGUUCUGCCCAGCCGGCCCAGUGAUUCAGGCCCCGUCAAGGUGGACAACUGACUACCAAAGGGGUCUCUGACCCAACAAAGAAACAUACGAAGUGAAUCCUGCCACGGUCCUAGACAUUUCACGAGGGGGAGUGGGGACGGGGUGGAGGAGACAGGGAGGCACCACGGCCUGCGUCUGCAGGAGUUUGACUCGCUGAAAGCGGCUUGACUUUUGAAAAACACACAGUUACCUCAUCGGGUGACGGAGGUGUCCACACUGACGGUUUCACCGAUCCCAGAGACUGACGGACAUCGGUCGGGGAGGGAUCUCAGCCCAUCACCCUGCAUCUUCUCAGCUUGGGAAACUCUAUUUGAUAGAACAGCCUUUGAGUCAUUUCCUGUAUUUUAUUUUUGGUUUUUGUUAUUGUUUUAAUUAUUAUUAUUUUUGGCUUUUUCUUGUCAUUUUCCUUAAUUUGAACUUGUUCCUGUUAUGGUCUUGUAUUUGAAGAGGCCUUACUCUAGACCUUCGACAGGCUAGGAUAUGUGAGUUUUGCUUUUCAGUUCAGGCUCCUUUGAGAUGGUACUGUUUGCCUUCUGUGUUGAGUUUAUUGCACGCGCACUACUUCAGCAAGUUAUUCCCAGAGACAGAAGGAAUGUGUAGAGCAGAUAUCUGGUGUAGCGACACCUUAUUGAGAAGGCGGACAUUAGAAUGUGUUUGCAAUUACUUUUUUUUUUCUUUUUUUUUUUUUAGCAAAUAUCCUUUGCAGUACUUGAAUAAACACAGCCUGUUCUAUGUGGAGAUUGCAGAAAUCCCCUAGAAACAUGGAUGAACUGUGA